GCAGCGUGACGAUCACGAUGCCCAGCGAGGUGGACGAACGCGCUCUGACGCGCUUCCUGGGGGAGCUGCUCUGGGAGCGCGGGGAGGCGGACGUGUACCGCGCGAAGGGCAUGGUGGCGGUCGCGGGCGAAGACUGCCGCUACAUGCUGCAGGCGGUGCACUCCACGUUCGAGCUCACGCCGAGCAAGCCCUGGGCGCCCGGCGAGGAGCGCACCGGCAAGCUGGUGUUCAUCGGCCGCGGGCUGUCGAAGCGCGACCUGGAGCCCCCGCUGAUGGCUUGCCUCGCGGGCGCAUCCGACGCGAUGGAGGAGUAGGGCCCGCCCCGACGCCGCCGAUCCUCCUCUUCCUCAUUCCGCUCUCUCCUGCCUCCUGCUCCUCCUCC